UUUCUUUCAUGUUUUUGUUGCGGUUGCGCACCCCAGACGAAGUGUUGACUACUCUCAGAUCGUUCUUUGUUGAUUUCUUGCAGCUGUUUUGGAAGAUUUCAAACAAGAAUAAACCGUAAUAGAUGGGAUGUGGUGGGAGUAAGAAAUUGUUGAUUCAUAGCGAACAACAAGGGAAUGCAUCUACAGGAAAUAGAGAUAUUAUAAGGGCCACACCAGAGGGUGCAGAACCACAGGAUAGCAACAGCAAGGACCUAUCUACAAGAAAAGGAAAUAUGGAAGAGAAUAAAGAUGAAAAAUUUAUACAUGAUGACGAGGAAGAUGAACUUCUUGGCAGAGAAUCAGACGAACCCAUUGAUAUAACGAAAUCGUUUAAAAAGGGUUAUACCAGAGAAAAGAUAGAUGCCUUGAAGGCUGAAGACUUUGUAACAGAAGGGAUAAAGAUUAUAAAAGUGAUAAAUGGAAUGUCCAUGAAUCUUGAUGAUAUGCCUGCAAAUUUUAAAAAUGCAAAAAAGUUAAGGCAGCUCUAUUUUAAUGCAAGAUAUGCCAUUGGACGAAAUUUUUGUAAAACGUUCCUUGAUGAUCUUGUAAAGGAAGGUGUUUUUACAUGCAUUGUCAAUGCAAUGAAAAGACUUCAUGCUGCUUGGCCUAAUGUCUUCUUGCAGACACAAAAUCCAGAUGAGGUAUUCAAUUCCACUGCUACAAAGGCAGCUUUAUCUGACUAUGAUCCACCUGAAGGUAUUGUUGCUCAAGUAUGGAUGAAGCUGAAUGGCAUGGCAAUUGGAACAACAGAUUUGCACGAAGGCUCUCGUAUCAAGGCAGGAGAGGAAGGCCUUAUAGAAUACUACCUUCAAGAGCUUCUCCCAGCUGUAAGCUCAGGAAGUUAUCCAGGGAUUAAAACUGCACGUGGAGUUUUGAUGCAGGAGGGGGUUGGUGUAUUGUAUAACUGCAGUAUGACAACUACGAAUUUGGUAUACCUAAAAAAAUUCAACUGUAUUGAAAAACUGCUUGGAAUUUUCAACACCCCAAACGAAAGGCAAAACAUGACAGUUUUAUUUGCUCUUUCAUACAUGGUUGAAGAGAAAGACAAUCACUUGAUCAUGGCUCAAAGUGAAACAAUUGUUAAAAUCAUUGACUACCUCCAUCAUGCAUGCAAAAUGAAAGCACGAAGAUACAGAGGUUUUAGUAGUUUAGAGCUUGCAAAUGCUCUUGAGAGAGUUGCUGUCAAUGAUGAAAACAAGAAAAUGAUUGGAAGCAGAAAGGGUCUUGAUGCUUUGGUGCAAAUGUUCAAUCUUGCAAAGACUCAAGAGCAACGUAUUGCUGCUGCCAACGCGAUUUGGAUGUUGCUUUUUGAAAAAGAAAAUCAACAAAGAUUUAUGAGUAUGGAUGGUGCCUUUGACUCAAUGCUGGCUUACAAGGAUUGUGAAAACAAGGACGUGCGAAAAGCGGUAACUGGAAUUAUGUGGGAAGUCAAAAUGAAAGAUAAACAUAUGGAGGCCAUGGCUGAAACUACUCAAGACGCAUCUGGCAAUAACAACAACUCUAGCAAACAUGUUAUGAUAAGCUACAACUGGGGCCAGCAGCCACUGAUGCUGAAGCUAAGGGACGCACUGAAGGAGGCUGGAUACAAUGUCUGGAUGGAUGUAGAUAAGAUUGGUGGAUCCACAUUGCAAGCGAUGGCAUCUGCUGUCGAGAAUUCUGCUGUUAUUUUAGUUGGUGUUUCAAGAAAAUACAAGGAUAGUCCGAACUGCAGAUCAGAAGCUGAGUAUGCCUUCCAGUUACGCAAAUCCAUUGUUCCGCUGAUGCUAGAGAAAAAUUACCAACCAGAUGGCUGGCUCGGGUUCAUAGUCGGUGCCAAAUUUUGGAUCGACUUUGCGAACCAGGCUAAUUUCAAGGACUCCGUGCAGAAGCUAGUGAAGGAAGUUGGUGGCAAAGGGAAAUAUGGCGAUGACAUUAUUAAGCCUGUAGAUGAAGUUGAUUUAGGAGCCAUACCAAAAGAAAGCAAGACCAGUCGAACGAAAGAAAUCUCAAAAUGGAGCAAUUCAGAUGUAAGAGACUGGAUUAAGCAGAAAUGUCAGCUAGAAAGGUCGAUAAAGGAAUCGAUUUUAGAAAAGCUAACAGGCAAAAGAUUAGCUUCGUUGUAUCAACUGCAUGAAGAGGCCUCAGAGUUCUUUUUCAAUUCACUGCGAGCCGAUUUUGGGUUCAGCGAUGUUCUCGAUUUGUUGGACUUUUGGGAUGCUAUGAAGGAGCUUUUUUUUGAGUGAUCUUGAAAACUCAAUAGAGAUUUUCGUCUUCAUCAAUUGGAGAAAAAAUACAGCACCCUUUGCCUACUUUUUCUGUUGACAUUGUGCAGGGCUAAAGAUCCAACUGGGUCUUGCCAACUGCUUUAUGACAUCGUUGCUUCAAAUCAUACAUACCAGCUCUAAGUUUCUCCAAAGUCUAAUAAAAUGCAAUAGAUGGUCUAUGUUGUAUAAAUUGUUACAUUUCAAAAAGAUUUUCUCGUUAAACUUCUAACAUCCAAAUUUCUAGCUACUUACAGAGAUUCCCUUAUUUAACUCUAGUAAAUAAGAUUUGUGAUAUACAGAAAUAUACUAAUUACUGUAUAUGCUGCUUUCGCAUUCCAUCUCAUUCAUAGAUACUGGUCGUUUCUAAACAGUCCUCCAUAUUUGUGAUAACGUUAGGUAUCUUUAAAACAAUAACCUAUAUGCACGCUUACAUUGAAACAUCAAAAACAAAGAGUUUUAUUUGUUUAUUUUUAUUUUUUUAUCUCUUAAAUUAAAGUUGAUUUUAUCUCGUUGUCUCGUCAUAACUGUAGAAAGAUAUGGUAAUGUAUUUUUAAAGAUCUCAUAUGAUAACGGGGAAUUAUGAUGGCUAAAGGAUAAUCUUUUCGACAAAAUUGUACCCGAGUUUUACCGCAAGCCCUAUCGUAAUCAGUAAGAUGGCAAUGAAGCACAGGAAUGCCUGCAGAUAAUCAUUUCUUGCACAGAGGACCAUUUUUUUCAUAGAAAAUUGUUCAUUUCCAUGGUAGAAUUGAUGAUAGUUUAAACAGAUAUUUCUAAUCUGCAAGUGUUUCUGGUGAUUUUUCACCAAAAUGUGUUAUCCCGUUCACGUUAAAUGCCCUCGUGUAAAAGGUUCUUGCUUUGAGCAUGUCGGGUAUCUGAUGGUAAUUUAAUUAUCAUAUACUUCUUUACAAUAGCCUGCCAAAUUUGUCACUAAAAGGUAAACGGACGCAAGUAAAUUUAACCGUUGCAUAUAUAAUUCAUUGUGUGGUUUAUGCAUGUGAUACAUCGAGUUAUAGUUGAACAUAGAUUGAAAAAUGAUAAAUUGACAUAACAAUCCUUCGUGCUAGUACGCCCGCAUGACAAAAUUACAUGUAGACAUAAAUAAAGUUUAGAUUAUCAUUUUGGAUAUAUCACCAUGAACACAAAUGGCCAACAAUCCAUGUUAGUCACUUAUUUAGUUCACUGCCACAUUGUCCUUGUCACACUUUUUAUGUCUAAUUAUGCUGUUUAUGAAAAGGUGAUACUUCUCUUUGUUUUGGCUUCUAUUAGACACAGGAAAUCACCCAAAAUUGCCCCCAUUCUGGAAUAUACACAGGUGCUACCCCAUGCUUGUUUAGGGGUUUUCCUCAACAGUUGUGUGUCAAAGUAAAUAGAUAGAGCUCUCGAAUAACAAUUGGAGUAAGCUCUUCCCUAAUGCAAAGUAUUGGUAUCCACUGCUCUUCUGAUACCUCUGUCAGGUUUUUCUUUCAGGGUAGCAGGGUAGGCUGAAACAUACCACUGUAAGGACUAGAGCUGGACAAAUGCUUCCAAUGCAUCGAAUCGAUGUAAUUGAACAUGCUUUGUAUCUUAACAUGCGAUGUAUCUUGACAUUUGUCAUGAAGUGAUAGAUAAACACAACAAACUUUCCGUUUUCUAGAUCUUUUCCUUUUACAAACAAAUCUUUAAUAAAUCUUUAAACCACAGCAAAAGCAUCAACUUUCUUACACGAGCUUACAACCAAAACUGAAUACGCCCCCUAUAACAAAACAAUAGAUCGUCCCUGGGUCCACAAUACGUUACGUCAUUACACAUUCAUCAAUAGUUAUGUGUAACUAAAUAUGUUUCAUUUCUCAGUAUAUACGUAUGACCAAUAUGAAUAUUAUGUCAAGAUACCCAAGUAUAAAGUUUUGAUUUA